AUGAGUGGACCAAUAGUACAAUACGAUAAAUCAGCCUACAUCGAAACCGAUACAGGAAAUAAAGUAUCAAGAAAAGCAUUAAUUUCAGGAUCACAAAAUAUAAUCUUAGGAGGUAAAACAAUAAUACAACAUCAAGUAGUGAUCAGAGGAGAUUUAAGAAGAUCAGGUGUAGGUAAUUCUGUAGUGAUUGGAAUUGGAAAGUUUUGUUUAUUAGGUGAAAGAUCAGUGAUUAGACCUCCUUAUAAAACUUAUAAAGGAGUGUUUUCUUAUUAUCCAAUGAAGAUUGGUGAUCAUGUUCAUAUCGGAUCAGAUUCAGUUAUAGAAGCAGCAAGUAUAGGUAAUCUAGUGAACAUAGGAAAAAAUUGUGUAAUCGGUAGGUUUUCGAUUAUAAAAGAUUGUGUAACGAUUGCAGAUAAUACGAUCAUUCCUCCUGGUACUGUGAUAGCUUCUAUGUCUUACUACUCUGGUUCACCUGGUCAAUGGCAAUCUGAUUUACCAGAAGGUACACCAGAGUUAAUGGAAUCUAAAACCAAAGGAUAUUAUGCAAGAUUUCAACCAGUUUAA